UUACAUUAGCCAUUUUGCUUAUUAAUCCUUAUAAAUACUUGCAUCAGGUCGACAAAAUCUUUAGCCGUUUGCUAAAUUAAAAAAAAAAAAAAGGGACAGAAUGGGGAAGAAAUUGCUGAAUUUGGAAGAACAGUGUAACAUACUGAACUUGUUGAAAUCCUCAUCUGAACAAAAAUCAAUCGAAGAGACGGCCACUGAAUUCUUCAGCAAUUCCAAGCUCCGCCAUUUCAAUGUCUCCUAUUCUCUCUCUCUCUUACUGCAGGACAAAAUGAUGCUCAGUUCUACUGAACGAUUGGUUGCGUUUGCUAUUCUUAAUCAAAGCUAUUCCUCUCAAGAGUCUACUGCAAACCCAUUUAUUUCUUUUCUUGUGAAUGCUGCAUGUGAUGAUGGAGCUGAAAAAUAUGAGAGGGCAUUUAUCUUCCUUUUGCUAGGCAUUGGCAACUCCAACAGUAGUAAAGAGUUUCUUAAACAGUCUGCUUCAGAUUACAUCAAGAAUUUUGAUCCUUCAUCCCAAGCUUUCCCACAAGGAGAGCAGUUACAGCAACAAUAUCUUGAGAAACACCAUCCAGAACCAUAUGCUUGCUUAUUAAAAAACACUUCUGUGAAAAAUGUGUUGGCAGAUCCUGAUGUUCCUCAUGGUUGUGAUGCAAAUCCAGCAGAGUUGGAUUUACAACCUGGAGCUAAAUCUAAACUUGGAUCUGGGGACAGAGAUGAAGCCCUAAGUGGAUUGAUAGCGAAUUUUUCAUUGGAGGGGUUAAUUCCUCAUUGGAUCAGGCCUCUUCCACCUAGGUUCCCAGUGGAUGAGGAGCUAGUGUGGCUCAACCCUGAUAACAAUCAUGAGCUUCAAUGGGAUCAAGGGAUGUGUGCUGAUACUAGCAGAGGAGCAGCAGUCAAAGACUUAAUUGCAGAAGCUUUGAAGGGAUCACUUGCACCUAACCAACAACAGCAAGUCCUGGUUGAGCUUGUUAAUGACCCCAAGCUUGUGUAUCACUGUGGAUUGACUCCAAGGAAGCUACCUGAAUUGGUGGAAAACAAUCCGCUUAUUGCUGUUGAGGUUCUGACCAAGUUGAUAAAUUCUCCUGAAAUUGCAGAGUAUUUUACAGUUCUUGUUAACAUGGACAUGAGUCUACACUCCAUGGAAGUUGUGAACAGGCUCACAACUGUCGUUGAACUUCCGAAGGAAUUUGUCCGUAUGUACAUAACUAAUUGUAUAUCAUCCUGCGAGAACAUCAAGGAUAAGUACAUGCAGAACAGACUCGUGCGACUUGUAUGUGUUUUUUUGCAGAGUUUAAUCAGAAACAGAAUAAUUGAUGUUACGGAUCUGUUUAUUGAAGUACAAGCCUUCUGCAUUGAGUUCUCAAGGAUUAGAGAAGCAGCCGGUUUGUUUAGGCUUUUGAAAAGCUUAGAAUAAAUGAUCCGUGUUCAAUUCCUCCGUUUAUCCGUGUGUUCGAUUCCUCCGUUUAAAACUCUAUUCCUACAGUGUAGAUAGUAUGGUUGUCGGUCCUUUGGGAUCCGAUUAUUGGUCCUUCA